CCGAGUCAUUCAAAUUGUUUGUGCGCGGUGGAUCUGGAUGGCGGAUUUUUUGUGCUGAUUUUCUCAAUUAAAGUCUACUCUGCACUUUAAUGCAAGAUAUAGUGACCUGGAAAUUUCACUUGCAAAGGAUUCUAUGGAUAAAUAUUCACCAUAUGCAUCGACAUCAACCCGGAGGCCUGAUGGAGUAGGUGGUCUAGCCUCGCCGUAUAGAAGGACCACAGGUACACCGGGAGGGAUGGAUGGAAGGAUGCCGGGAGGCGAUUUAUCCUUCAAUGUGGAGUCUGUUUCCUCCUACCAGGAUUACCCGACAGCCAGGCCGCUGCUGGGGGAUCAGAUCGCUAGGAGGAAGUACCCAGAACAGGUCCGAGCAGUCCCGGAGAGCAAUAGUAGAGCUGUGGUCUCAGCCUUGAGAGGUUUGCAGGAGAAGAUCCGUAAGCUGGAGCUAGAGAGAGCCCAUGCAGAGAACAACCUCAAAUCACUCUCCAAGGAGACCAGUCAGUACAGGCAGUCCCUGCAGGAGCACACCACCACCACCACCAAGAAGAAGACUCAGCGGGAGACACAGACAGCUCGGGACGUACAAGAGGUCCAGAGUCAACUGUCCGGUGCUGACCAGCGCAUUCCACUGCUUGAGAAGCAGUUGGAGUACAUGCGGCAUAUGGUGCAGAGCGCUGAGAGCGACAGGCAGGCGGCGCUCAGGAUGGCUGAGGCUCGGAGGACGCAGGACACCCUCACCCAACGAGAGGAGAUGCAGAGCCAAGAAGAGAAGCUGCGGAGGCUGGAGAGGGAGUAUAGCCGUCUUAUGGCUGGCCAGACAGUUUCUCAUAGUAAAAUCAAGGAUUUAGAAAGCAGACUCAAAGAAGAGAGACGGCAAAGGAAGAUGCUCUUAGAUCGUGAAGCAGAGUUGAGAACUCUGGCAGAGACCAACCGCAUCCUGCUUGCCACAGAAGAAGCCACGGAGGAACGCAGACCUAGGAAAGUCAAGAAGAAAAGGAAAAAGGUUCCGCAACAACCACAACACACUUCGCCUGGUCGCCAUUGCAUGGGACAGAUCCCAUUUUGUGUAGGAAAGUCAACAACUCCCAGUCAUUCAGUGAAUGCCAAUCUUCAGAAUGUCCUUGCCGUGCUGAAGACACACAACACGGCGUGGUGUGGAAAUGGACCCCUAGCACCUCAUCGACGACCUCAGAGUGCAAAGGUCAGGAGGUCAACAUCGGUGUCGUCAUCUGCUGGCAGUGACCUCUCUGAUCUUGUGCUUGGACUCCAGGAAGAGUUUGCCCUCAUGGGACUGGAGCAUCAAGACCUUGCCAAGCAGAUCCGUGAGACGGAAGACUCUAACAUCAGGGAGGAUCUGGAGAGGGAGCUGGAUCACCUGGUCUUCAAGAUGGAGGCUAAAGGAGACCAGAUUGCUAAACUCAAGAAGCAUAAAGAGCAGCUCUCUGGCAAGGCAAAGAAGACAAAAACUUCAAAAGCACAAAAGACCCAGCCAAGACCAGCUCGAACAAGACAAGGAUCCGCCCCUUCCACUUCAACCGGAGCCGAAGUCCAGGUCAUCACCACGGUGAAGACCAAAGGUCGAGGGGCGGGGCCUAUCCAUGUAUCUAGUGGCGAUUCAAAACGCAAUCUACAGAUGCUACGGGACAUGCAGGUGCUGCAGACGUCAUUACGAAAAGAUGAUGUUAGUUGGGAUUGAAUAUAGAAUAGGAUGGUAAUAAUAAUAAUAAUAAUAAUAAUAAAAACGGUACUUAUAAAGCGCUUACCACCCAAGUCUCUAGCCCCCUGUUGGAUGUGAACAGGUUUAUUAUGACUGGGAACCAUCAAGCUUUUAUUGAUUAAUGAUUAAGAAUAAUAAUGGAUAUCAUAGAUUAAAUCCUACAUGAAAUAAGUCUUGAAUGGGGUCUUUAGUGUCAUGUAUAUAUGCUAUUUUGGAAAUAGUGUACAGUUUCAAGAUGAUGUAACUUGGUAUCAUGGUUGAGUUAUUAAAUCAUGAAUAUCUGAGGGGUGUAAAUAUUGAUGUGCCUACAAUACACAGAGGAAGGUCUAUUCACAUCUCAAAUUAUGAACUGAAUUAUUUAGAUAAUUCAAUAGAAAGGGAAAUUUGUCCAGACAGGAUAUCUGCUCCAUUGCAAGGCUCUGGAGUAUUCA